AUGCCUGGCCAAACUGAGAAUGUCGUGCCUCCUCUUGUCGUCCGCGACAUGGACGACGCGGAGAAGUUAGUUGUCGAAGAGUUCAAGCGCCACGUCGGCCACUGCACCCAGUGUACUACCGCCCUUGAAGAACAAAAAGGCGGCCUCUGUGAGCGCGGCCACCCUCGUGCCGUUGACGUGACGCAAUAUCUAUACUGCAAAAACGGAAAACACUUCUCAGUCGUGGACAAGGAGAACGGCACACUCAUGCGAGUCAAGCUGCCUCGUGAUGCCGACUCAGUCCGCAACCUGCUGGACGCCGUCGAAGCAGGCAUGACUCUCAAGCCACCUCGUCGCGGCCGCGCCUCUCCCGUCCGCUCCCCUGCUACCAGUACCAUUUACGUCCCAUCACGUCGGCCAGUGAUUGAGCAAAGUCGCCCCCGUUCCUACUCUCCAGAGCCCGAGUCCACCGCAACCGAGAUCAUUGAACGCGCUCCACGAGUCGAGCGCUCCCCAGGCCAGGGAAAGCGCCACGUUAUCGUCUACCAAAGCCCCCGCAGCUCGACGAGCCGCAGCCCAUCCAGCCGUGGCUCACUCUACAGCUCCGACCGCGAGCGCUCCGAGCAGCGAUUCGAAUCCUCCCGAAUCCGCCGCCGAGGUGCAGACUAUCGAUUCUAA